UUGUACUUCUAGAAACAAAAUGAAAUAAUGUUUCUUGAUUUAAAAAGGAAUGUUAUUUAUAGUUUAUGAAAAUUUACUUUAAAAGUACAAUCAGAAAUAUAUUGUCUGUCAUUUCCCAUUAUUCAAUUGAUAUUCUUCUCUCUAUUGACUCUUUCAACGCUUCCCCGCACUAUUAACUCCAUAUGAUGACUGAAGCCGCCGUCGUCUCAUCCAUCCCGCUGGUAACCGUUACCAACGGUGAAUUCCAGGAUGGCUCCUUACAGACGGAUCCGCUGUUACAGUCCGGAACCUACAUCGACGCUGAACCGAACAACAACGUCCUGCCAAAUGAAGGAAAUGGGUCCAAUCUGACUCGGGCGCUGGCGGGGACUACUUUGGAGAUGCAGAAGACCGCAUUGGCGGCUGAGAUGGUUAUGCCGGUGCAUCAGGUGAAUGUUGAGAGAUCAAGCUUGUUGCCGGGGGAGUGGAAGUUUGAAACAAAAAUCUUCCAUGUUGAUAGGCCAUCUGAGACUUCGCAAAGCAAAAAACAGAAGUGUGCCUCGAAAACAAAGAAGGUUACUCCUUUCCACUUCGACUCUGCCAAUCCACCAGAGAGUGUGUGUUGGGUUCAGACUGAUUCUAAUGAAGAUACGUGGAAACCUUUUGUUGAUGGCAACAUGGUUCCUGAAACCCAGAAACAAGAAUGGGAUGCUGUCUUCUCAAGAGUAUCGAAGCUGAAGAGAGGAGAAAAACAAACAGGGAAAUAGGCGGCUAUCCAAACUCUUCUCACUAUCUAUCUAGACUAGAUUGUGUCUCAAAUGCCUUUGCCUUACUUUUUUAGUUUUCAUAAAGGGAUCUCAUAGCUGUUGAGAACUUCUUGUUUUGGCAAAGGUGUAGGCAUAAAUUGCUUCACCUAAACUUUGUUCAUGAAUCAUGAUGUUUUGGUACCAUUGAACUCUUAUUUUGAAAUAAAUUAGUUUCAAGACCAAUAAAUUUGAAGCAUUUUAGUA